AAUACAAAUUUUCCAUCAAAAAAACACUACAAAAUAAUUUUCAAAAAAAUACGUAAAACUGUUCUAGAAGCUUUCAAAAUUCAAUCAAUGGCGUCACCGGAUACUGACGUGGCAAUGGUUCCUGCGGCCAGCGAGACGGGCACAAUUACUAAAAAGCCCAAAAGAUUUGAGAUUAAAAAAUGGAAUGCUGUUGCUCUUUGGGCUUGGGAUAUUGUGGUAGAUAAUUGUGCUAUCUGUAGGAAUCACAUCAUGGAUCUGUGUAUCGAGUGUCAAGCUAAUCAAGCUAGCGCAACAAGUGAGGAAUGCACAGUUGCUUGGGGGGUUUGCAACCAUGCAUUCCACUUCCAUUGCAUUAGUAGGUGGCUCAAGACUCGUCAAGUAUGUCCACUCGAUAACAGCGAGUGGGAGUUUCAAAAGUACGGUCACUAGAAUUUACUGUUGGUGUACAGUGAAUGGGAGGAGUUUCAGAAGUCUGGUUACUAUGGUUCUGCUGCCUUC